AAACGUAUUUGAGAAAAACUAUUGCAAAGUCGUUGCUGUGCUCAAGCGGGCCCAUGACGAAAGAACUGAAAAAGUUAGCAAGGAUUUCCAAAAUCUUGAAGCAGAAAUAUAUGAAAAUCUCAAACGAGCCCAUGGCGCUCACAGCGAAAGAUCUGAAAAAGUUAGCAAGGAGGUCCAAAAUCUUGCAGCAGAAAUAUACGAAAAUAGGACACAGCUGAGGGAUGAAAUUAACAGAAUGGGUGAUAGCUACGAGAAGGUAGAAGACGCAUUAAAACACAUAAAGAUUGACAUGCAGAAGCUAAAAAUCAGUACGGCAUUUAUGGAUAAUCGUCUCAAGAGAACCGGCAACCGAUUGACACACCGCAUGUCUACAUUUCUUCGAGAAAUUGAGCUCAAAAUUAGCUCAAAACCCGGCUGUCAAAGCGGCACUUUGGGCGACAAGGGCUUUCCGACACCGCCAACCUUCCCAAUACGGAGGACAGUACGAUUCGAUCCUCCGUUCUCUACACCCCCUGCUAUUGUGUUUGGGCUGCAUUCUCUAGACGUUCAUCAUGGGUUUAACCUCAGAAUAACUGCGGAAGUUGUACACUUGUCUGAAAGUUCCUUCAGUUUUAAAAUACGCACCUGGGGUGAUACGGUUGUAUAUAUUUCACGUGUCAGCUGGAUGGCAUGUCCUAAAUAAGGAAUGAAGCACAAGACACAAACGUUGCAACGGACGUUAUUUCUAAUACAUAAUGUAUUAGAGAAUGCCAAUUUCAUUGACCUUUUAUAACUCCUUUAACCGGCUGAAAACUAAAUAACUUAGAUAUUAACAGUGUUAAAAAUUGAUAUAUAUAUGCAUGAAGUAAAAUAUUUGAUUAUGUGUCUGGCACAUGUGAAUGACACGUAUAUUUAAAAUCACAUUUAUAAAUCUCUAAUAUACAUACAGUGCCAGUCCAUGAUUUGAAAAUGAAGCCGAUGCCUUUUCAUUGGGAGAUACAUGCUGUAAAUAAUAAAAGUAAAAUACGUA